UGUUGCUUACUUGUGAACAUUUGAGGAAAAAGUGGUUGCUGUGUUUGAAAUCCAAGUUCGAGUUGCAACUUGAUAGAUACCUUAUCUUACCUACUACAAGAUGCAUCGACCUUUGUCUGUGUGCCUGUGUCGAAUGUGAAUUUGCCUCUCUAUGCCUGUCACUUUCUCUCGCCUUAUAUCAUUAGGUAUUCAAACGUCAAAAUGCAAUGCAACAUUACUCAAUAUGCCAAACAGAGACAGAUACUGUUGAGUUUCCAACGAUUGAUUUUUUUUCGUUGUUUAUUUUGGUUUGUUGCUGAAGUUGGAGUGAAAAAUAUUUCUGUUUAUAUUUUUAUAUUACGAAAGAACGAACUGUUUUCAAGAACACACGAUUAAAAUAAAUGUUAUUUAUGGAGAAAAAUUCAAGAAAAAACAACUUAGAUUUGAUAAGAUUAGUGAAAAGCCAUGAAUGUCUGUGGAAUUGUAAGAACCUAGAGUAUUUUAACAAAAGCGAAGUGGAGAAUGCGUGGAAAGAAAUUUCAGAAGCCUUAGAUGAAUCAACAUUGAAAAUUCAACAGCGAUGGAAAACAAUCCGAGGGAUGUAUUCAAACAAUUUACUUCCAACCAAAAGGAAAAAUAAAUACAAGGCUUAUUAUUUGUCUUCGUAUCUUGGAUUUCUUCGCCCUUUUAUCAAAAAUUGUUGUAAAAGUAAGCAUUGUGAAGGAAUACGAAAUGGAAGAAAGUCAGUUGAUCAUAAAAAGCAAAACUCAAAAAAUGACGGAAAUGCGAUCAUACUGAUAGAAAGUUCUGACGAAGAUGAUUCCAUGCUUUGUAGAACAAAAGUAGAAAGACUAGAGGCCGACAAACGCAUGAAGAUUAUGCCGAAAGAAAUUAAUAAAAAUGAGAUAUUUUUAGAAAGCUUGCUUCCAUUUGUCGAUGAAAUGACUAAAGAUCAAAUUCUUCGAUUUAGACUUAAAGUUUUGAAAUUGGUCGAUAAUAUUUUAAAUACAGAGUGAAACAAAAUUAAGUAUACAGAUUUUACAAAAUACAUUUUAGUUAUUAGAAUAAGAAAUCUUCCUGUACCUAUUUAAGAAAAAAAAAAAAAACUCAUGCGUUUAAAGCUGUAAGA